CUUCAAUAUAAAACCGAGAAACCUCAAGGCACCCCGAUGGUUCUUCUCCUUCUUUUAUUUUUAUUUUUACUUGAUAAAUUUUUUAUUUAUUGAUCAUAGAGAAAUAUGAGCCGAAAUAACAACAGCAGCACCAAAACACCCCUUCUUACCCAUCUUGUUGCAGGCGGAGCGGCCGGUUUCAUGGAAGCAUGCACUUGCCAUCCUCUCGAUACAAUCAAAGUGAGAAUGCAACUCGCCAAGAACAUUCAAAAGUCGGCAUCCGGAAAACGCCUGGGAUUCUUUGGCGUAGGCAUGAAGAUCGUAAAGAACGAAUCUUUUUGGGCUUUGUACAAGGGUCUUGGUGCGGUUGUAUCUGGUAUCGUCCCCAAAAUGGCGAUUCGAUUCAGCUCGUUCGAACUCUACAAAAGUUGGAUGGCUGAUGCGGAUGGCAAAGUAAGCACCACCGCCGUCUUUCUCGCUGGUCUUGCCGCUGGUACGACCGAAGCCGUUUUGGUGGUAUCGCCCAUGGAUCUUAUCAAGAUUCGCUUGCAGGCCCAGCGUCAUUCGAUGGCUGAUCCAAUGGAUAUCCCAAAGUACCGCAAUGCACCACAUGCUGCCUACACCAUUGUCCGUGAAGAAGGUGUUCGUGCUUUGUACAAAGGCGUUACUCUCACGGCAUUGCGACAAGCGACGAACCAAGCGGCUAAUUUCACGGCCUAUCAAGAGUUGAAGGCGAUGGCAAAGACGGCACAGAAACUGGAUGAACUGCCUUCAUAUCAGCAUUUGGUAUUGGGUGGUGUGUCUGGUGCGAUGGGUCCUCUGUGCAAUGCACCGAUCGAUACGAUCAAGACUCGCAUACAAAAAUCCAGUGUUCCUGGUUCCGGUUGGGAUCGUUUCAAGGUGGUGACAACGGAGAUUAUGCAAAAAGAAGGUUUCCGAGCAUUUUACAAGGGAUUGACACCACGCUUGUUACGUGUCGCUCCUGGUCAAGCUGUCACCUUUAUGGUGUAUGAAAAAGUCAAGUCCUGGAUCGAUACCGUGACCGAAAAGGUCAAGGAAGGAGAACCCAUUACCAAGAUCGUUACAGCUCAAAAGUAAAAGAAAAAGACUAACUAACCCACCAAGAAAACAAAACAACACGAUGUAUUUUUAUGAUCUACUACAAUAUAAAACGACGCACUCAUUCCUUUCUCUCUAUCUUCUUUGCUUUCAUCUUUCCCGGUAAUAAAGAAUAAAAGUGG